AAUUGGGAAGAAGAAAAAGGUGAGGGGAGGGAAGGAGUUUGCGAUAGCAUCAUCAAGUCCCAUAUUCUAACCUUUCCUCCAUCCCCCUUUCUCCCCAUCUCUCAAAGGGCACUAACAGCUCCCCCGUGUGGGCUCCCGUGCUCCAUAUAG